AUGUCCAUGUCGGCAGCGGAUGCCAGCAACAAGCUGGAGGACCUCUCGGGCGCUACCCUCCAGCCGGGCGAGAAUCCCUACUCGGCCUUGAUCGAUGCUUGCCACCAUGACCCUCAAGAAAUCCAGCGGCUCUACUCGGCCCACCGAACCAGCCGAAACGCCCAGCAAAAGGCCAGGUUCCUCGCCGCCGACUUCCAGGGCCUCUCCAUCGACCAGGCAAUCCUGAGGCUGGAGCGUCCGCACAUCCAGCCGGGCUUCAGGGACGAGCGAAACUGCUUCGUCUUUUGGGCCCGGCCCCCCGACCACAUUGUCCGCCUGGCGGCCAGGUUGCAGGAGCUCUUGAGGAAGGCCGCCCCGGGUAUGUGGUUGAUGCCCACGCACAGGAUGCACAUGACGGCCCUCGAGGUGGCUUUCUCCAAGACGCCCGAGGAGAUUGGCGCUCUGGUCGAUGCCCUACGCGGCGCCAUCCCCGGCAUCACCUCGCACCCGCACCUGCACCGGGCGCGGCUUGUCAAGCCCCUCGUCUCGUACGACACCUCUGCCCUGGCCGUGUCCUUCCUGCCUUCUUCCGGGGAGGAGGCGCUCUCGCCCGCCCCGACCAGCCCCGACGCACCGGCCGGGAGCAUCACCCAGGGCGACGGGUACACGUACCACCAUCUACGGCGGGAUGUCUUCGACAUGGUCCGCCGGGCGGGCGUGCAGGUCGCCUCGCGCUACCAGGUACCGAGCGCGCACAUCACCCUGGGGCGCUUCCUGGACGAGGCAGACCACGACACCCCCGAGAAGAGGCGGCUGUUUGUCGAGGCCAUUGACGCCAUGAACGAGUGGCUCGAGAGGGAGGUCUGGGACAACAAGGAGGCAGGGUUUGUCGGCGAGUGGGUCGUGGGACACGAGAGGGGACUGGAUGCCAGAAGCGGAAGCCUGUGGUAUGGAGGUGGAAGAACCAUCAUGCUGGGCGAGGGAUUCUGA